AGACGUGCGAUCUCAUCACCGGAGAGAGCAGCUGAACUGCCCAACACAAAUCGGACCCAACCCCCCUCCGGCGCCCGGCGAUGGAGAUCCCCACCGCCACCAUCCAUCGCCUCCUAUCCUCCAUUCGGGAGGGCACCACCGCCGCGCCCCCUGCCCCUCCCUUCCCCUCCGUCGCCGACGCCGUCGCUGCCUUCGAACCCGAUGCCUCGCCGGAGCUCCUGUGCGGGCGCUGCGGCGCAGCGGGCGGCCUCCUCCGUGGCGCGCAGUCCGCCGUCUGCGUCUACUGCGGGUCCCCCAGGCGGGGGGAGGGCGAUGGCAUCGCCUUCCGAGGCAGUGCGGCCUACCAGUGGCUGCUCGGCUCGCUCCGGCUUGAUGGAUCUGCUCUCGUAGAAUUUGAUGGCGACUCUACGGAUUCAAAUAAAAGCAAGGAGACACCAAAGAGUGGGUUGGUCUUAUCCGAUCUUCUGGACUUAAAACUUACUUUCCCCCCAGAGAAUAGGGAAAUAUCUGGAAGUUCCACAAGCAACAAACAACCAUCAGUUGCAUGCACACUAGAUUUGCCUGGUGUUAACCUGGACUCAUUUUCCAUUGAAAGGAAAAAGGAGAUAGCUGCCACCACUGCUGCUCUUCCUCCAACUCAUACUAUAGUGCAGGAAAAGCAUAGCAGAAGUCAUGAAUCCAGUAGCUCAGAGAUGCAUAUUACAUCGAAAGGCUUUGAUUCCUUUAGGACAAAAACAGGUUCUCAAAGCACAAAUCAAAUGGAAUCUACUACGGCAUUUGCAAAUUGGGAUGCUCACUUUCAGUCUACUGGCUCAGAAAGUGUUGUUGGAGACUCCAAGCAACUGGACCUAUUUAAGAGUGCCUCAGUUGCUGAGCCUUCUAAUUUUCCAGUUUCUGGGACUGCCAUCAGACCGGUAUUAGCUGCUGGAAAUCAAACAAACAUAGAAUCAGAAGAUUUAGCUUCAGCAUUAAAUGUAGACAACCUUUCCAUUCAGAAGGCUGUCCCAGCUAAUGCAGAGACUAACGUUAGGAUGGUUGCUGGAAACAAUGUUGCUGAGUUCACUGGGUCCUCCCUUGACAAGAAUUCAGUUGAGAACAGUGAAUUGUCUGGAAGGAGUGACAUCGGAGUCAGUACUGAUGAAGCUUUUGAUGACUGGCAAGAAUUUACAGAAGGUGGAAAUCAGGGCACAGUAUCAAAUGUUGGAGAGCAUACAGAGAGGCCUUUAGUGAGCGACUCAGAAAUAAAAGGAACGGACCCCUUGCCCAUAGGAAGCAUGGAAUCAUCCAACAAUGUUGCAGAGUCUGAUGAUUGGCAAGCUUUUGCACAAAGUUCUGCUCAAGGAGAUUCAGUGAAACUGGUGGAAGAAUCAUCGAGUGGUCAAGGAGGAGAUGGUUUGGGAAAUCCAGUUGCAGAGCUAGAACAUUCUUUAGAAGCUCAUGCUGUUGAUUUAUGGCCUGCUGGUAAUGUCAAAGAACAUAAUUCUACAGAAAUUGUUGAGCAAACUGAUGAUUCUUUUGAUGACUGGCAAGAUUUUACCACGCCUGGUCAAGCACGGGUUGCUUCAUUCAAUGAAGCUGGAAAAUUGGCGGAAGUUUCACCUGUGAGUCACAGAGAAACAGAUGUGGACUCAUGGUUCACAGAAAGUACUAGGGAAUCAAGUAAUACUGGCUUGGUGAAUGGGAAUAAUAGCAUGCUGGAUGAUUGGCAAGGUUUUGCUGGUUCAGAUCAAACACAGCAAAGUUCAUAUAAUGUAGGUGGUGAACUGAUGGAUAUUUCAUUUGAGCAGCUUGAUGGAACUGGCCCUGUGCAAUUACCGGCAAAUGUCAGCAGUAACAAAACUACAAAUAUAGUUUCAACAAAUAUGGAAGACAAUACAUUUGAUAUUUGGCAAGACGUUGCCGCACCACGUCACCAACAGAAAAACAUAUCUAAUCUUGGGAGAGAAACGACUGGUGUCUCGUCUGUGCCUGCUAAAGAAAUUGACUCCAUGGAUUUGUGGCUAACCAGCAAUAUCAAGGGAUCUAACAGCUGCAGCACAGAUGUUAGUGGAAUUCAUGAGUCACCCAAUACAUGGCAAGAUUUUGCUAGUUUUGGUCAAGCACAGGGAAAUAUGAAAAUUCCUGUGGAAGGACAGUUCGUCAAAGAUCCUUCAGGAGCUGAACCUGUGGACUUGUGGUCUUCAAGCCAUACAGAGCAGUUUAAGAACCUUGAGCAGAUAAAUGCCAAUAAUGACCCAUUCGAUGACUGGCAAGAUUUCAAAAACUCUCCUGAGCUGGAAACAAGCUUACAAGGUCAGCCAGGUGCUCCAUUGUCUGAUAAACCCUCAGUAUUGACGGCUGAUAUGACAGGGCUGGAAUUUGGAAGCUUUGCACAGUCUGUUCCAUCCCAACGCCAAAUACAUAAUAAACAAGAUAAUUCUAAUGAAGCAAAUGCAGCUCCACCUGGUGAACACGAAAGGAUGGGCGUAAUGCAGCAGAUGGGUGAUGUUGAUGCAUUGUCCGCAACAAGUCAUGACAGUAACCCCAGACCAAAAUCAGAAGCUGGCAAUGCAAAUGUGGAGAAAUUGCUGUCUCAGAUGCAUGAUCUCUCUUUUAUGUUGAAGGACGAACUUUCUGUCCCUGCUAAGUCAGCAGGUCGCUCAGAGUCCUGAAAGUUCCUGAGGUUCACAGCAACAAUGUGCUAUUUGCAAUACCAAGACGGACUUAAGGUGGAGCUCCAGCCUUUCGCUUGCAGAACCAACCACAUCAAAUAUCUCAUGUUGUAAAUUUACGUGGAGAAUAAUCCUGUUUUUCCAAUGGAAUACGUCUCUUCUUAUAUCAGUACCCUGAUCGGUGGAGAAUCCUAGCAAUUUUCUCUGUUACAUUGAUCGGCAGAGUAUUGUUGAAUUUCCCCUGUCUUAUUAGCUAGGAGAGAACCCAGAUCCCGAAGCCCACUGUGAUAAGUUUUUUCUUCUUACUGCGGAGUUGAGGCCGGAGUCGUUGGUUUUGCUGUGUAUGUAUCAUUUCCGAGCCUGUAUAUGUUGUAUGCGAAGACUGAAAACAUGAUCUCCAGCCUAUCCUGUGUUUUUCUUUUCUUGAAACCAUUUUCUCUUUUUCUUGAUUGUCUGCAAGACUCAUGCUCGUAUGUUAAAGGAAAAAAAAACUAUUACUCUU